AUUCAAAACAAAUACCUGUGCAUCUACCCUACAUGUCAAACAAAAAACGCACAACAAAUUAUCGCCCAAAAAAGUCAAAACAAUAACAUUCUAUCCGUGUAAAUGGUCAAAAUAAGAGAUCUCCCUGAAGAAGUACUAGUACUCAUCUUCAGCUACCUGAAGCUCCGGGAACGCAAAACAGCGGCCCGCGUUUCGCGCCAAUGGCACCGGCUGGCAUUCACCGAUCGACCCAUGAGGACCAUCGUGCUUCAUGUGGUCGACUACCUAAACCAAAAGGAGCGGAAGAUCCUGCUGAAGAGCAACCGCUGUUACCGGAACCUCACGCUUGAGUGGACCGAAGCCUCCAGUGUUCCCUUCCUGCUGGAGGUGCUGGAUAAAUUUGGCACCGAGCUUCAUUCGCUGAAGCUGGCCACCUACGUCGUCACGCCACCGAUUCUAGUAAGAUUCCUGCUGAAGGCACCUAGCUUGAGGCAGCUGAUGGUGGAGGGAAGUGUGUGCAACGAGGAUUGCGAUAUGGUGCUGCCUGUGUUCAAGGGGAUCAGGGCGCUGGAAAUGACGCAGCGCGGGUUCGAGAGCGAGCUGUGCGAUGUGAUUCCCGCGUUGUUUCCAAAUUUGGUUUCACUCGAUUUGGUGGGCGCUGAGGAUGCGGCCAUCGAUUUGAUUGGUUUCUAUGGGAAGCAGUUGAAAUUUUUGCACGUCCUGUUGGAGUUCUCGCAGUUCCAGCGGUUUUCCAAUUUGAAUUGUUUGACUGGGUUGGAGAGGAUGCAUGUGUUUUGGCCACAGCCAAGCGAUUUCAGGCAGGUUUUCAGUGUGUUCGAGCAGAUGGAUGCGAUUCAGAGUGCAUCCCUUACCGGUCCGGUAAAUGAAGCUACGUUCGAUCUCAUCUGUAGGCGGUGGAAAAAUAUUACUAGUCUGUGUGUUAAUGUCCAAUCGCUCAAGGCUGCCAGUUUCAGGAAUAUUGCUGCAUUUAAGAAAUUGAAAGUUCUGAAGCUUCAAGGAUCCAUUAGAGAUAGUAACUUUCUCAAAGAUGUCCAACUGCCAACGGUAACUCACUUGGUUCUGGACGGAAUCUCAACAAAUUGUGGAUUCUACAAUCAUAUGUCGACAUUCGUUCCCAACGUGUGGAUGCUGAAAAUCUACGAUCAUACAUUUGAAAACGCUCAACUACGUUUAAUUACCAAAACAAUGACUUCUUUGCGGGUGCUUUCGCUGGAUUAUUGCUACCAAAUCAAAGACGAGGGAUUCCAACUCCUGAACAACCUGACGAACCUGCUGGAGCUUCGCUGCUGGUCCAUAUCGAUAUCGGAGAACGCAUUCAUCCGCUUUCCCAAGUGCCCCAAUCUGCGCACGUUCAGCGUUGGUGGUAGUGGCUGGGUACCAUAUAUAACCAACAAAACUGUGUUGGAUAUUCCCAAGGCAUUUCCGCAUCUGAGAGAACUGCACGUGGUGGACUGCUUCAAGGUGGACGAGGACACUAUCUACACGCUGCAGGAAAGUAUGCGGAAGUGUGCCGUCGUGCGACUGGAGAAGCCGGAGCUGGACCGGGAGGUGGAAGCUGUGUGGGGCUGGAACCAUUGUGAUAAGUGACAGUGUUACGUUGCAAAACCAUAUCAUUGAUGUAUGUAUUUCUCAUUUAACUGACGGAAGCCAGGCAAUUUUCUACUUACUUUACGAAAAUAUUUGGAGGAUAUUCUUGUGUUCUAUAUAGCAAUUAUGAUAUAUAUAUAAAAUAGCCAGUUUGUAUUUUUUUACCUUGAACAAUAUAGUAAUUUCAUUGCUCAUAUAAGACUUUUAUUUCCUAGAUAGUUUAUCUUCUUCUUUAUUAGACGCAUUAGCCUAUAUGUACUGUCCAGCUUAUUCCAGUUGUAGCUGUCGGUCGGUACUGUAGAAGGAAUUACUGAAGGGCGCUGACGCC